AUGAGAAUUAAUAUAUUAAACAAAGAAUUAUCUUAUACUUCAAUAAUUCGCUUAAAAAAUGGAUAUAGAAAAUUUUCCUUAUUUCAAAAUAAACUUCUAAAUCUGAAAACAAAUGAUAUAAUUUACAGAAAUAAUAUUGAUAUAGUAUCAAAAAAUGAUUUUUUUUUUUAUACCAUUUUAAAUGUGGAUAGAUAUAAAUAUUUUUUACCAUAUGAUAGCAAAAUAACAGAGAAAAAUAAAGAGUAUUUUAAAGCUAUUUUAGAAAUUGAGAAUAUUUUAUUUAAAGAAAAAUAUACUUCAUUGAUACAUUUUAAAUAUCCAUCAACUAUCACAGUUUCUAGUGAAGAUACUAAUGUUUUUCACCAUUUAAUAACAGAAUGGAAAAUAAAAGAAAAAAAAAAUUGUAUAAACAUUGAUUUUUAUAUAAAUUUUAGAUUAAAAAAUAAAAUAUAUCAAAAUUUUAUGAAUUUAUACAUUAAAGAACUUGGGAAAAAAAUAUUGUAUUCUUUUAUCAAAGAAUCAAAAGAAAAUGGAUUAAAAAAUAUAGAUGUUUUAAAAUAUAUAAAAUAA